AUGGCGUGGAAGGCCAAUCGUCCGCCUCCCAGCUCGGCCAAGCCAUUGCUCAAGGGCGUACUGGCCGUGUUCAUUCUCACGCUUAUUUUGACAAGCACCUACAUGUACCGCGACACGAUCAGCAGCAACGCUUCCCGGAUCAAAUUCACUGAUGGCGCCGUGACUGACUACUUCAAAUACCCUUUUAACGCCAGCACCGCCGACGCGAACCCGAUCGAUUGGUUGAUUCACGAAGCACGAACGAAGCAUGCGGCAGUGCUUCAGAAACGCAGUCGCACUCUCCACAAUGCGGCUCAACGCUAUCGAGAGCGACGGAACAGACAUCCGCCACCGGGAUUUCAGCAAUGGUUCCGCAGCGCCAUGGACACGGAUGCGAUAGUUGUUGAAGACUUCUUUGACCGGAUCUACGACGAUCUCAGGCCGUUUUGGGCCCUCAAGCCCACAUCCAUCACAAAGCAAGCCAACGCGGGCGACCAUGUUGUGCGAGUACGGAACGGUACCGCGGCUGGUGAUGGGAACACGGAAGGGAAGGAGCCAUGGCUCGAGUUAUGGACGACCCUGGUGGCUGAGUUUGCGAAACAUCUACCUGAUGUGGACAUGCCCAUCAACUACAUGCAAGAGCCUCGAAUCUUGGUGCCGCACAAGGACAUGGAGAAAUACAUCGCGAAGGGGGAGAAGAGGAAUGAAAUGCCCACGAAGAACAAGGCCACGAGCGAAUUCCAGAGCUUGACAGGCGUAGAUGCUGCGCGAGGUAACCCUGCUCCUGCCAAAUGGACCAGCGGUGACCGUCGGAAGUAUUGGGAUCUCGUUCGAGAGGCCUGCCCUCCGGAAUCCCCAGCUAAGGAAGUGCCUGCGGCGACAGACCUCUCCCUCCCGCCUACCUUGCCGUACUCGUGGACGGCGCCCUUUGCUCGUCAAGGCUACAUUGAGAACUUCACGAGCUCCAUGGAUCCGUGUGUGCAACCACAUCUCCGCUCACUCCACGGGACCUUUGUCGAGCCAUUAAGCGUCAACACUACGAAGGACCUGAUCCCCCUUUUCGGAGGCUCGAAACUCCGUGUCAACUCGGACAUCCUCAUCCCAGGUGCCAUGUACCUCUCCGACGACCCGAACUACACCGGCGGCAACAUCCGUGGCCCUGCCUGGCCGGAGAAGCUCAAUCGCCUCGUCUGGCGCGGGAUCGGCUCCGGAGGCCUCACGCAGUCGGAUAACUGGAUGCACUUUCACCGCCAGCGACUGGUGGAGAUGCUCAACGGGACCACCGUACAUGGCAUGGAGGUCAACGACGUCCGGGCCAUGACCUUUGACAUGCCCCCCCUGGAACGCUACAACACCAAGCGCCGCCGUGAGAAGCGACUCGGAGAGUUUCUGUCUGGGUUUGCGGAUGCGGGGUUCACCCACCUGCAGUGCGGCCCUAGCCACGACCGACGCAAAGAGUGCGACUGGCUUGCGCCGCACCUGUCCGUCGUCAACGGCACGCCCAUGGCCGAGCAGUUUUCGAGCAAGUUUCUGCCCGACGCGGACGGCUACAGCUUCAGCGGCCGUUUCAGGGCCUUUAUGCUGUCGACAAGCGUGCCGCUCAAGGCGACGGUGUACACCGAAUGGCACGACGACCGUCUCACGCCGUGGAUACACUUUGUGCCUCUGGACAACACCUUCCAGGAUCUCUAUGGCGUUCUGGACUUCUUCACCGAUGGUGACGAUGAGCCUCAGGGAUGGGGUGUCUACAAGGUGCUGGGGAAGAAGAGCAAAGGCGACGACGCGGCGAGGUGGAUCGCCGAGCAGGGCAAGGAAUGGGCGGAGAAGGUGCUCAGGCGUGAGGACAUGCGUCUGUACGUCUGGAGACUUUUGCUAGAGUUUGCGAGAGUCUGCAACGAACAUAGGGACACGCUAGGCUAUGUGGACGACCUACCAUAA